UGGGAAUCUGGAGCAGCAGAGCACUGAGACACUGAGUCAUUGCUGUAUGAGUCCGGAUUGAACAACCAGGAAAGGCACUGCACUUCAAUGAAAAUGAUAUAUCGGUGUGGCAGGAAAGGAGAAUAGAAGAUUUAGAAAGUCAUCAACGGAGACAUCGUGCAGCGAGACAUAUGGGGGUUGAGAAAAGGGGAGAAAUCAAGACUGAAAAGUGGGGCUCAGGAAUAAAUCUUUUGUUUUAAAAGGAACCUGUUAAGAUUACUCGCAUAAAGCGGAGGUUUCCUACUCUUAAUGCAAUGGAUGCAGGCAACUUAAACUUUGAACUAUGGAGAAGAGAUUCCUCAUUUAACUUUCAAUAUGACCAAAAAUCUCCCGCCAUGGUUUUACGUUACACUGUCCCUUAAGUGGAUACUUCUUCCUCCAGGAACUUGGCUUACUUCCUUUUUACUUUCCCAGUCGGUAACCUCUAAUUGCAGAACCAACUUUCACUGCGGGGGUUAAACUGGAGAUUCCUUCCUUCUACCCCAAGCUAGAGUGCCGGCAUGGACUUGAAGGGCCGAAUGGCUUCCUUAUGUGCUUAACUAUUCUUUGAUUCUAAGAGAAAAGAGAUUCCCCUCUGCUCUUCACUUGCACUUCCUCGCACAGCUUUUUAGAUCUGGGCAGACCAAGUGGACUAAUGGAACAGGUGGUGUCAUUACAUACAUAAGUUCAUCAAGUUCCAGUUGUAGUCCCGUCUCUUAUCACAGUGACAGUUCGGAGAACAGUUUCCAGCCAAUCUCGUCUUCCAUUCCAUCAUCACCUAACAGCUUUAUAUCUGAUAACUACAUCAACCCCAAUGACAUGCUGGCUGAUAACUGCGCAUUGAAACUAGGAAGCUCCAGCAACAUCCAGAUUGCGUGUUCAGCUAAAGGGGAUGGAUCAAGUGCAGGCCCUUUGAGCAAAAGUACCAGUGGAAUUACUAAAAUUAAUGGGAUGAUCCUCCUGUGUAAAGUCUGUGGAGAUGUGGCAUCUGGAUUCCAUUAUGGUGUGCACGCAUGCGAAGGUUGCAAGGGCUUCUUCAGAAGGAGCAUUCAGCAGAAUAUCCAGUACAAGAAGUGCCUGAAAAAUGAAAACUGUUCCAUAAUGAGGAUGAAUAGGAAUCGGUGUCAACAGUGUCGCUUUAAGAAGUGCCUGGCUGUGGGCAUGUCCCGAGAUGCUGUUCGAUUUGGACGCAUUCCAAAGCGUGAGAAGCAGAGAAUGUUGAUCGAAAUGCAAAGCGCAAUGAAAAACAUGAUGAAUAACCAGCUGAAUGGCUACCUGCAGACUAAAAUAUUACAAGAUGAGACCUCUUCCCCACAACUGCAGCCUGAGAGACCUCAAAGUGUUGAAGAUGAUGUGAUUGGUAGAGUGACCAAAGCCCAUAAGGAAACUUUCUUCUGUACCCAAGAUAAUCCAGAAGCCAUACAGUUCCAGAACAGAGAAAGUCCUCAGAAAAACGAUGAUGAUAAUUGGAUGAUUGGCUGCCCUACAAACAGAGUUAAUGGAAUCCACUGUUUUAACAAUGCAAACCAGUCCAAAGUCUGGAAUACCAAUAAGAUUAAUAACCAUAUAUUUUGUCCAAAUAGCCACACAGAUAGAUUCAUAAGCAGGCAUUGUCGUACUGUUUCCAAUGGAUAUACGCAAAAUGCAUUUGCAGAAGAUGGAUUUUCUCAAAGCAGCACCACACAUGAUCCUUCUUGGACCACAGAAAGGAGAAUGCAUCUGGUGUGCCCGAUGAGUAUGUCUCCCUAUGUAAACCCUGAUAAAUCAGAGCAGGAAAUCUGGGAAGAAUUCUCCAUGAGUUUUACACCUGCAGUUAGAGAGGUGGUGGAAUUUGCAAAACGUAUUCCAGGAUUCAAAGAUUUAUCGCAACAUGAUCAAGUUAGCUUGCUUAAAGCUGGAACAUUUGAGGUGUUAAUGGUACGCUUUGCUGCUUUAUUUGAUGUACAUGGGCGUACAGUCACAUUUCUUAGUGGAAAGAGUUACGGCAUGGAAGAGCUGCAGUUACUGGGGGCCGGUGAUUUGUUGAUCUCCAUGUUUGAGUUUAGUGAGAAGCUUAGUGCCCUGCAGCUCAGUGAGGAGGAGAUGAGCUUAUUCACAGCAGUUGUCCUGAUUUCUGCUGAUCGCUCAGGAAUAGAAAAUGUUAACUCAGUGGAGCAAUUGCAAGAAACUCUAAUUCGGGCGCUCAGAACCUUAAUUAUGAAAAAUCAUCCAAAUGAAUCCUCCAUCUUUACAAAGCUCCUAUUGAAAUUACCUGACCUACGUUCUCUUAACAAUAUGCAUUCCGAAGAAUUGUUGGCCUUUAAAAUAUACCCUUAAGUUUAUGAAUGUGUUCUCCAACUUUUGUUUCUAUUCUGUUGUAUAUUUUGUGAACAAGUAUGCAUAUUUAUGUAUAUAUAUAAAGUGCAUUUUUCUCCUGCGUUAUUUUUCAGCUACAAAGGGAGUAAUAUAAUCAAAGAUUGAAAACUAGAAGUAUACAGAAGAUAUUAAUUAAAAUAUAUUUUGAGAUUUUAACUUGUAUGUAACUUGAGACUAUUGAAUAUGUAUAGAUAUGACUCAUGUUUACAUUUCACCCUUAAAGCUGAUUUAGAAAUUAUGGCUCCACUUUAAAGUGAAAAUCUUAUGGAUUUUUUUUUACUUUAGAGCUUUAACAUUAUAAGAUCCUGUUCUGUCACGCUGUGCCUUAAUAUCAGUGGGACAGUAAGAGCACAGCUUAAGGAACCUGGACUGCAUCCAUAACUAACUUCCUGUCCCAUUUAAAAAGGCCAGUUUUGCAACAGCCUGGCAGUAACUUGUGGAGUCUGUGAUCAAUGUCCAGUUCUCUUCCUGAUGCUUCAGUUUUUUUAAAUCACCAAGUUGAAGCACUUGAGCAAAAUGUUGCACCUAGCAUGUCUGUAUGUCUUAUCUUUGUUAGCUGCAGCAUCCAUUGAUAGCUAAUCUAUGUAUAAUGCAACCGUUAUUGUACCUGCGUAACAUUUUAAAAUUUAAUAUUGUCCUUCUGGAUUGACUACUAUAAAAUGUGCUUUUUAAAUUUGUAUUAUUAUUUUUGAAUGUGAAUCGUUGCAGUAAAGUAAUGGUUUGAAAUGCGA